GAGCAUCCCACAUUAUACACCGGGGAAACUGAGACCAUAAUCAUUUCCUUCUUCUGAGUAUCCCCUGAUCCUGUGAAAUGAUGCCUGUAGAACUGUUGAUUGAAUCCAGCAUCAGAGGACUGAUAUGUCUGGCAGGGAUCAUGGGAAACAGCUGGCUUGCUCUACGCUCCUUGGCCUGUCAGAAGUCAGGCAUCCGCACCAACGAGGUACUUUUCAUCAACCUGGCUGUCUCCAACCUUAUCAGCGGCUACCUGGUAGACCUGCCUGACACCAUGGCAGAUUUUGCUGGACGAUGGUUCCUGGGGAAAAUCUACUGCAGCAUCUUUAGUUUUUGUGCCAACUUCUCUGAAACCAGCAGCAUCUACACAACCUUUUUCAUAUGCGUUUUCUGGCACCAGAAGCUAGUGGGCUCCCUGAAACGUGGAGGAGCAUCGGUGCAGCUCGACAGCCUGCGCCUGGUCAGUUGUCUGCUGGCUGGGAGCUGGAUGUUGGCUUUGGUCUUCAGCAUCCCAUGUUUUUUCUUUGUCACAGUCGUGGGAACAAACGAAAGCCAAGAAAACUGUGAAGUCGUCUUCCCUACUACUUUUGACAGGCACACCUAUGAGAUCUUUUAUUUAACCCUAGCUAAUGCUCUCCCUGUUGCUGGGAUUGUAUUUGCCAGUGUCCAGAUUGUCAUCACUCUGCUUCAAAAUCAGCGACGCAUACGGGCUCAUACCACCACCAAGGAGACGGGAAAAGAUGAAAACAAUAGUAGUGAGAACAGAAAUAAUAAGACAACUUCUGGGCCAGGAACCAUGAAAGAUCUCCAAGAUUCUGCCUCCGUGACUCACAUUUAUACAGGCGUGCCUGCUUCUUCCUGUCCAAACAGACAGGACCCGUCAGGUCACAGCUCGCUCAGCACUCCCAUGAAAAGGGCAACAAAAACUGAAAGUGGUGCUGGAGGUCCAACAAAUCUUCCAAGGCUUGGACAGACGCCAGCUAGAGCCAGUCCAGGCUCGAGCAACCAGGUGAGGGCAGCGAAGAGUGUGGUGGCUGUGGCCAGCGUGUUCCUGGUCUGCUGGCUGACUCAUCUGCUGCUGCGCAUUACCAGCAACAUCCACAUCUCAUCAGUAAUGGUGGAGGUGGCCAGCUAUAUUGCAGCCUCAUACAUCUGCAUCAUUCCUUACAUAUUCCUGCAUGGAGUGAAAAAGCUUUCUUGUUCAUGUAAAGGGUAG